AGACGUUAUACGAACAACACGACACCAAUCAGCGAUAAGAACGAACUGACAAUGUCCAUGCGGAGCUCUGCUCACCGAUCACCGCAUCGUACGCCUCCGAGAUUCGCCGCAUCUCGACUAACGCCGGGAAAACGAAAAUCUCCUUUCAUCGCCGAUCGCUUUAUUCCAAGCCGUUCUGCUGCAGACUUUGAUUACGCUCAUUACGUACUCACGUCUGGCCGCAACGACGAGCUGGAUGUCGAUUGCAGUCCUGCAAAGCGAGAGUUUUCGAAAGCGAUGAGUGAAAACUUGGCGGGAUCGAAGGCGUCCAAUGGAAAAAUACUACACUUUGUGUCGAGGCCUCCUGGCUGCCCUAACAGUCAUGAGAGCAGUGUGAAGGCUGUAUAUAAACACUGCACUUCACCCAAGACGCGUCGUGUAGCUCGUGCUAUUCCACAAGUUCCAGAGAGGAUUCUAGACGCACCAGAAGUCGUCGAUGAUUUCUAUCUAAAUCUUGUGGACUGGGGAAAGAACAACCAAUUGGUAGUAGCUCUGGGUGGGUGUGUCUACAUGUGGAAUGCAUCAAGUGGUCAAACGACUCAACUACUGGAGAUGGACUCACAAGAUGACUUCAUUGCAUCUGUUGCUUGGUCUCACAAUGGUGACUACCUCGCUGUCGGUUCAACUCAAAAUACUGUCCAGCUGUGGGACGUGGCAAGUAUGAAACGUGUUCGCACGAUGAAGAGUCACUCAUCUCGUACUCAAUGUCUUGCCUGGAAUGGCAGCACGUUGUCCAGUGGAUCUGCAGACGGUUCAAUUCAUCAGCAUGAUGUGCGUGUUGCUAAUCAUCUCACAGCCGUCUUUUCGGCUCACUGUCAAGGAGUAUGUGGACUUAACUGGUCAUGUGAUGGCAAACUGCUCGCCAGUGGAGGAAAUGACAACAUGGUUAACAUUUGGAAAGCUGGAAUGAGCACAGGAUGUGACCCACUACACACACUGAGACAACACCAAGCAGCAGUCAAGGCUGUUCGUUGGUGUCCAUGGCAGAACAGUUUAUUAGCAACAGGUGGAGGAACUGCUGACAGAUUUAUUCGCCUGUGGAAUGCCAGCACAGGCCAAUGUCUAGCACAAACAGACACAAAAUCUCAAGUAUCCGGAAUUUUGUGGUCACGUGAGCAUCGUGAACUCGUCUCUAGUCACGGAUUUUCACGUAAUCAAUUGACCAUAUGGAGAUAUCCAAACCUGAUCAAAGUCACUGAACUAGAGGGACACACUAGUCGUAUCUUGUGUCUUGCAAUGAGCCCAGACGGAUCACACGUUGUGUCUCUCGGAGCAGACGAAACCCUCCGGAUAUGGAACUGCUUUGCUCCAAAACAAACGACAGCAAAGAAAGCAGCAACAGCCGACCAUACCAUCUGUGCCAUACGAGCAAGUCGUAUACGUUGAUUAGUUUUCCAGUUCAUUGAAUGAAUGUCACAUCUACUGACUCGACAGAAAGUUUUUAGUGAUGUUUUAGAUGUCGGAUAAAUUUCUAUUAAUUAAAUAGAUUUGUCAGACUGUUA